AUGACAACUCAAGAAAAUAAUUUAGAACUACCUGAUAUCACCAUCGAUUGGGAUCAGCUAAUCGAUUAUGCCACAAAGAUAGAACCUGACAAGUCAGAAUCUUCGAUAGAGUGUGAUUUGAAUUCCCUCACAGUUGAAGAUAAACCAAUAAGUCAACCAUGGAAGGGAUCAGGUAUUGAUGAUAUUUACAACAAUCAUGGACCAUUUGAAUAUCAGGAAUAUCCUCCAAUUGUCCAAUCUGAUUCUCACGUUGUAUUAUUUAAAUUGCCUAUUAAUUCAAAAAUGGAAAUAGAGCCUAACUAUUCACUGCACCCUCCCAACAACUGGCAUGUUGAUUGGGUAAAAAUGCCUCAUUCACCUUGGAGCAUGUAUCCGUUUGAAGAGGAAGAAAAAAUGGAGAAUUGUUAUCGACCAAGAUGGGAAGUCAUUAAUGAAGCUUUGAAAAAAAAAAUUAUGUCCAGUGCUCAAUUAGAAGCUGCAAUUUUUUCUUACAAUUCAAAGGAGUCAGACCAAUGGGAUUUUCGUGCACUUCAUUAUUUCUUUUCCGAGACUAUGAAAAAAGAAGAGACAGAAAUUUUCUUUGAAAAUUUACUCCCAAAAAUGAUACAACUUGCACUGCAAUUACCGACUCUUAUUACUGGCUCAAUUCCAGUAUUGAAACAACAAAAAAACACCACAUUAAGCAUGAGUCAACUUCAAAUUGCUUCACUUUUAGCAAAUGCAUUUUUUUGUACAUUUCCCAACUACGAAAUAUAUCCCAACAUUAAUUUUUAUCGACUUUUUAGAGCUUUUAAAGAUGAUAAAUUUCAACGUUCGUUAGCAGUUUCAGAAAAAUUAAGAUGCCUGAUUCAUUAUUUUGGCAAAGUCACUUCCGUUGCACCACAAGGAACAGUAACAUUUCAACGUCGUUAUAUACCUCUAGAUGAUUGUCCAGAAUGGGGUAAAAUGACUCACCAACUUCCACCACUUCAUAUCACAAGUAAAGGAACAAUUGAGUCCAAUGCUGCUGGUCUUUUGCAAGUAGAUUUUGCCAACAAAAAAGUCGGAGGAGGUGUUUUAAAUUGGGGAUGUGUUCAAGAAGAAAUUCGAUUUGUUAUUUGUCCAGAGUUGAUUGUAACAAGAUUAUUCACUGAGGAACUCGAAAAUACUGAAGCUCUAGUUGUUACUGGGAUUGAGCAGUACAGUAAUUAUGAGGGUUACGGCAAUUUUUUUAAAUGGAAUGGAGAUUUUAUUGAUGAAACACCACGAGACAGUAGUGGAAGACGUAAAACUUCAGUAGUUGCAAUGGAUGCAUACCGAUUUACAAAAAAAAACGAACAGUACACGAUACAAAAAAUCAAUCGUGAACUCAACAAGGCAUAUGUUGGCUUUAGUUCCGUAGAAAGUAAUCAAGAUAAUUUACCUGCAAUCGCAACUGGUAACUGGGGAUGUGGAGCUUUUCGUGGUGAUCCAAAACUCAAAGUUUUGAUACAAUUGAUGGCUGCUGCUGUUAACAAGAAAUCACUUGUUUAUUUUACAUUUGGUGAUGAGGCCUUACAAGAUAGCAUUGCUGAAAUGUACUCACAUUUAGUUCAACAAAAUAUUCGAAUUGGAAAGUUAUUCACUUUGCUUUGUCAAUAUGAAUCAAUAUCAGCAAAGAAACGUUCAAACUUAUAUGAUUUUUUGAAGAAACAAACAUUAAAAUAAAGAUGAAUCGUCAAGGUCAAAAUUGGAUGGUACAUUGAAUGUAUAAUUGUACUUCUACAAAUAAUUGUAUAAAUAAAAUCAAUUAAUUCAAGUUUCCCUUACUUAAAAGACUAUAUUACCCAAAAUUUUCCAACAUGAUACACUCCCUCGAUGUAUCCAAACUAAAUCACUUUAUCAAAAUUAAAUACAUGCAGCAAUGGAGAGUAAAAAAUUCA